AUGCCUCUUCCGGACACGAUGUACUGCCCUCAGCAGAUCGACAUCCCGCCUGAGCUGCCAGACAUCCUCAAACAGUUCACUAAAGCUGCUAUUAGGACACAGCCGCCAGAUGUGCUGCAGUGGUCUGCUGCCUAUUUCACAGCGCUAUCAGAAGGUGAACCUCUUCCAGUCAAAGACAGGAUGGAAACCUCUGUAAAAACACAGAAGACAGACACUGCGCUCACUCCAGGUCUCCUCAAAGUUCUUCAUAAACAGCUUUCAUCCAAGAAGGACGUUAGUAAAGAAGAGUUAGAGCAGAAGUGGAAAGGGCUGUGUCUGCCAGCCGAACAACUCAACACACUGCUCACGCUCGGGAACUUCAGCACGGAGGUCGACUGGAUGCACUUCUUCGCUCUCGGGUGCAGCGCUUUGAGCGGCACGAUCAUCAGUGCUCUGAAGUUUGCGUGUGAGAUCCUGAGCGAGGACCCUGAGGGAGGAGCAGCUCGAAUCCCCUUCCACACCUUCAUCGAACUGUACACGUACCUGGCCCAGCUGGACGGAGACAUUCCUCAGGACGAGAUAGACAGCUUCCUGUCCAGCCUACAUGAGCCUGUGACGCGUCGAGGUGGGAUGGUCCAGCCGUCUGAUUUCGCUGACCUCGAUGUGUAGAGGUGCGAGUGAAAAACAGAGCACAGAUGGCUUUCAGAUUCACUCUUCAUGCCGAGAUUGAAACGUCUUAUAUAACCACACUAACGAUGCAGCAGGAUUCAAACAUUAACCCUAUAAAUCCUGGGCGUAUUUUUAGAUUUUUCUGGGUGAUGUAUGUAUUAUGCUUAUUUAUAUGUCCUCAGAUUUUUACUAACCAAUUACAAAUACUCACUAAGACCCAAAGUUGUUUUCCUCGUCUUACACCACAGCAAUUUGCCAACGAUUACGAUAUUGAUUUUUUUUUUUUAAAAGAACAACAAGAAAC